AUGCAGCUCACGUUAAACCGGACCCCCAUGAAUGUUGGCAUUAGGCGACUCACCGCCGCGCGAAUCCUCACGUAUGGCUACGACGCAUACGGGGCCAAACUUUCGGUCGUAUCAUCGAACCGGCUCAUCGAUCACGCGACAAACCUUCUGAACGACUUGACGACGGAAAGGUCCUCGGCGGGCGCGGCAUCUCGCCCUCUCAUAUUCGUGGCUCAUAGCCUCGGCGGUCUUGUCUGCAAGGAGGCCAUCUUACUCUCGCGGAACCACCCCGAGGCUCACCUUCGGGGCAUAUUCGAUUCUGUAAGAGGAGUCAUUUUCAUGGGGACUCCUCAUAAGGGAUCCUGGAUGGCCGACUGGGCAAAGAUACCAAUCUCGGCUCUUGGCCUUGUCAAGUCCACAAACGGGUUUCUCUUGGACGUCUUAAAGUCAGAUAAUCAGUAUCUUGAGUCCCUUCAAGUGAGAUUCUGGUCAAUGACACGGGAAUUGAGAGAGGCCGGGAGGGCUUUCGAAGUCACAUGCUUCUUUGAAGAACUGCCCAUGUCUGUGGUCGGGGAAGUCGUGUCAAAGGAAUCAGCGACCCUCGAGGGCUAUAGCUCCUUUAGCAUCCACGCCAACCAUAGUGAUAUGGUUAGGUUUGCGUCGGCGGAAGAGAAUGGAUUCAAGCGACUAGUUGGCGAGCUCACCAGGUGGAUGCUGAUAGUGGAAACCCCGGCCGCUAGUCAAGCAGCUGAAGCAACAAGAGAACAACUAGUAGCAAGAGAGCAAUUAGCAGCAGAAGAACAAGAAGCCUAUAGGCCGGUUGGCGCCUCCUUCAACAAUUAUGGAACCGGAAGCCAGUUCACCAAUAUAAACGGCGCUCAAUAUAACAACACAGGCAGUGGUAGUCAGUUUUUGGCGAAUUCAAGGGGCCUAUGCAUUUUGGCCGUCCGUGGACAGAUCGAUCCAUGA